GAGGGGCCCCAAAUCGUCACCUUCCUCCGCCCCUUGAAUCCUCUGUGUCGCCCUACCCCGCAGCUCCCGGGACGCCGAGCCGGACGGGAGGAGCCACCGCCCCGCAGCACGCGCACUGGUAGGGCGAGGGGAUCGAUGGCGAAGCUGUACAUGCAGGCUGUGCCCCCGCUGGAUCUGAACAAGAACACCGAGUGGUUCAUGUACCUGGGGGUCUGGACCACCCACAUCUUCAUCCUCUUCGUCUCCUGGCUCCUCAUCCUCUCCAUCUUCGGCUGCACCCCCAGCAUGGCCUGGACGCUCGUCAACCUCGGCCACUUCGCGAUUACAUACCACUUCUUCCACUGGAAGAAGGGAACUCCAUUUGCUGAUGAUCAGGGGAUGUAUAAUAGGUUGACUUGGUGGGAGCAAAUGGACAACGACAAGCAGCUUACUCGCAACAGAAAAUUUCUUGUUGUGGUUCCUGUAGUCCUCUAAGUGUUAUUCUGUUUCAAUUUUAUUAAUACUGCUUUUGGGAGCUUAUUUGGCAAGGAACAACAUGGCAGGAUGUAUGCACAAAGAUUAAUUCUGGCUAGUCAGAAAUACUA